GACUGCGGACUCGAACGCCUUUUUGAAAGAGAUGCAAAAAUGGGCCACAAGGUUUUCUACUCACGACUUCAUCCGUAGAAGUCAACGGGAAGCUGUUCGGAUUGAGAAGAGCAAGGUGACCACAAGGCAUAUUGUCAUGAACUUUGAUUUUGCGGAAAACUGGACGGUGACCCUGCCACACGAAAUACAAGAGCAUCACUGGCACAAGCGUCAAAUCUCCGUCUUCACAUGUGUUGCGUCGACAUCGCAAGGUCCCAAAUGUUUCGGUGUCGUGUGUGAAGACCUGUGCCAUGACACUGCCCACGCAGUACUCGCUCUAAGGUGCAUUGAGGACUGGCUGGAGAACAACAUUCCAGUUUAUACGUCAUUAACGUAUAUAUCUGACGGUGCACCAGCUCACUUUAAGAAUAGAUUUCAGCUCUACGAGUUCCAACGAGCCGGUCUUCCGAAGGUGAAGUGGGUUUUUUCUGCCUCAGGACACGGCAAGAGCGCCUGUGAUGGAGUAGGGGGGCUACUGAAGCAUCAGGCGACGGUGCACAACCUCCGUUCGCCUGUGGAUGAGGCCAUACAGAAAUCAACGGACUUUGUGCACAAGGUGGGAAAGUGUGUAAAAAAUGUGACUCUCCUAAAUUUAAAGCAAGACGACGUGAGUGAUUUCCGCAAAACCAAGAGAGCCGAAUGGGGAUCCAUACCGGUUCAAAAAGGCAUCCGCCUCUCACACGUGUGGCGACUUGAAAAAGGGGAAGUCCGUCUUCAGCGAACUGCAUAAUCGGUAUUUUAGUGCCUACAUGUUGUUU